UUCAUUACUAUAUCAUAGUAAAAAAUAUGGAGAAUAACCUAUUGUCCUUAAAUAUGAUUCUUUUGCGUUUUAAAAUUUUCACAAAAAAAAUUUUAAGCUCUUCUAUAUUAUGUACAUAAAUUUAGAAAAGAAGAAUAAAAUUACAUUAAGUCCUCAGAUUUCGUUAAGUAAAGACCUGUGAAUGAGGGAAUAAAAAUAUAUCAUCAAUUUUAUAAGAUACUGAAGUGUUUUUUAAGGAAGUCGAACAGAAUUUUUCAAGAAUAUUAAAAUGUUAAACAAGAAGAAGGAAUACGUCAAUGAGUGUACCAGAUGGAAUAGGAGAUUUGAUUUAAAAUGUGGACUGACAAUAUUAUGUCUUACAAUAUGUGUGACAUCAUCAAAAGGAUAUUGCAUUCCAUAUAAUGAUUCUAUUAGUCUGCAGAAUGAAGACCAACCGAUGGAAAUUGCACCCAUGAAUUCAGUAGAACCAAACUAUGAAAAUAAUUAUUGUCUCACAUCAGAAUGUAAUGAUACAGCAACAAGAGUACUGAAGUGUAUGGACAGGGAGGUUGGUUGACACCAUAACCAUUAUGCAAGGUAUUUUUGUCAAUCAAACUAGACCUCAGUACAUGAACUACGGAUCAUUUGGAUUUAUAAUUGGACAUGAAUUAACUCACGCUUUUGACAACGACAGUAGAAAAUAUGAUGGAGAAGGAUACUUGAUGGAUUGGUGGGAACCAGAAGCAGAUAAAGAAUUUCUUUCAAAAUCAGAAUGUCUAGUACAUCAAUAUGGGAACUACACAGUUGAAGAAGUCAAAAAAAAUAUAAAAGGAGAGAAAACGCUAAGUGAAAAUAUUGCAGAUAAUGGAGAAGUUAAAGUUGCAUAUUUAGCUUAUGAAGAGUAUAUGAAAACCCAUUCACCUGACUUACUGUUACCUGGUGCAAAAUUUUACGCAACGUCAACUUUUUUGGAUUAGUUUUGCUCAAAAGUUUUGUACCCAAAUUGAUGAAGCUGGACUGGAAUAUCAAAUUUCCAAAGAUUUACAUAGUCCUAGUGAAUUUAGAGUAAUUGGUUCUGUUGCCAACCGAGCAGAAUUUGCAAGAGAUUUUCAAUGUGCAUUAGGCACCAAAAUGAAUCCUUAAAAUAAAUGCUCUGUAUGG